UCACAACGCUUCUCACUCUUCCUUCUUUUUCUCUCUUUUGUCUCUCUCUCUUUCACAGCCAAGAACAUGAAGCAAGCCUUGUGCCUCACAGUGUGUGUUCUCUUCUUCAUCUUACUAAUUUCUUGCACAAGUUCGUCUAUAACUCAAAGAGGAAAAGAGGAUCCAGAGCUGAAUCCAUUAGUUUCAGCUAUACCAGUAGUAGACGACUCGGUUGAUAAAUUGAUGGGGAUGGAAUAUUGCGGAGAAGGAGAUGAAGAAUGCCUGAGGAGAAGGAUGAUGACGGAAUCUCACUUAGACUACAUUUAUACACAGCACCAUAAGCAUUAACAUCUUUUAAUAUUAUGAUUUGCAUAGAGAUAUGUAUGGUGAGGUUUACUUAGAUAUGUAUUGUAUAUGAUGAGUCCUAUGUGACAAAAACCGUUAUGGGGAAAUUUCCUAGCGAACUAUUUGCAGGUUUAAAAUAUAUAAUGAUUGUUGUAAUGUUCCAAAA